AUGGAGAACCAGAAGGCAAUAAGCCUCUUCCUGUCUCUUUUCAUCCUCCUCUCAUCAUCUAUCUUCCUUGCUCAAGCCCUAGCUCCUCCUGCUGGAGCCAUAGACAGGACUGUAAAGCAACAAAUCCUGGCAAGCCUCCUUCCAGAACAUAAUGGAACAAGCCCAACAACACUAGUAUCUUCUGGUCCAUCUCAACGAUUCUUAACUUCACCUUCAGGGAAUUACGCCGCCUACCUCCUGCGCAGGCCAACCAUGCUCGGCGCCGGAGGCUUUGGCAAUGAUUUCUGUUACAUCCAAGUCCAGGAAGCAGGGCAGAGUGUGUGGGAAUCGGAUUGUACUCCAGUAAGCAGUGAAAACAUGUGCAGCCUAGUGUUUGACGACCAGGGUCUUGAGAUCUUUGAUGGUAGCACUUCUAUGUGGAACACAAAUGCUGAUGCUGAUAACUUCCUUCAGACGUUGGAGUUGGUGGACAGUGGUGACAUGCGGUUGAUAGACAAGGAUGGGAAUUUGGCAUGGAGGGCCAGCGACAACCCUCAAGCCAAUCAGAACUGUGGGUCGAUGGGUUCUCCUGGAUUGGCUCCUGAGACUCCUCCAUUUGCAAAGCCUUUUGAAAAUAAUGGUCCAUUUGGGCAGCCUGCGCCGCCCAGCGGAGGACAGCUGGUCCCAGUCCCAGUGGUUCUGGGACCUGUUGGUGGAGUUCCUCCACUUCCAGUACCAGUGGGUCUGGGACCUUUGGGUGGAGUUCCUCUGCCACAGGCACCAGAAGGGCAUGUGGCUUAUGAACAACCACCUCAACAUCCACUAAAUCAGCCUAUCUCAGGGGCAUUUAACCAGCCAUUCUCUUCUGUGAAUCAACCACAGCCUUUUGGUGGGGCGGGUAAUUACCAGCAGCAACCCCUCGUGGACAAUAAUCCUUUCGAUAGUGGGUCUUCAAGGGAAUCGUCAUUCAAGUUUGGAGAUGUUUUGGUUUUUCUAGUAACUCUGCUCGCUUACUUUGGUUUCCUCCUAUGA